UUCGUCGUUAUUUUUCUGGGAUGUCUGUGGCGACUGUCAUGCUUCGGUGUACAUUAGGGACGGGAGUUGACUCGACACGGCAGCGAUGACACCAAAUGCCAAGGCGCACGGGAGAAGCCGGAGUGGCAGCGGAGGCCACCAAUCAGUAGCCGGGUAAGUGUGCGAAUUUGUCUGCCUGAGGCCGCAAGACCGUCCUUCGAACCAGCUCCAUGCCGGGAAAUGUGGAAACGGUGCUUCGGCCCAGAAUCAGCGGCCUUUCCUGAAAAACCUCAGUCCACGGACUCCGCCGACGUCGACACAACCAACGAGCCAACCCCUUCGCCGCUCUUCCUCCCCUUUCCCCGCCUCUGCCGUACGGAUCGCAGCGACGACGAUUAGCGACCACGCCGCUAUUUUCCUUUCAUCGACCACCACCGAUCCGAACUGAAUCUACUCUAACCCCAAUUCCGAAAAAAUCAAUGGCGCCCCUCCAGACAAUGUCGCGCACCCUCGCGCGGUCCGCCGCCCGCCUGCCGGCCACCUCUACUUGCGUGCGCGCCAUGAGCUCGUCCCCAGCUCUCCGAGACGCCUCCUCGUCGUCGACUUUCCAGAGCCCUUUCACCUUCAAGGGCCAGAGCAAGAGCACCGAGAUUCCGGAUUUUUCAAAGUACAUUUCCAAGAAGCAGGCUAGCUCGAAUGCUCUCUUCUCGUACUUUAUGGUUGGCACGCUGGGCGCCAUCUCAGCGGCGGGGGCCAAGUCUACUAUUCAGGAGUUUCUUGUCAACAUGUCUGCUUCGGCUGAUGUCUUGGCCAUGGCCAAGGUCGAGGUCGACCUCAAUGCCAUCCCUGAGGGCAAGAACGUCAUUAUCAAGUGGCGCGGCAAGCCCGUCUUCAUCCGCCACCGGACGGCGGCCGAGAUCGAGGAGGCCAACCAGGUCAACGUCGCCUCACUAAGAGACCCCCAGAGCGACGAGGAACGUGUCAAAAAGCCCGAGUGGCUCGUCAUGCUUGGCGUCUGCACACACUUGGGUUGCGUGCCCAUCGGCGAGGCCGGCGACUUUGGCGGUUGGUUCUGCCCCUGCCACGGUUCCCACUACGACAUCUCGGGCCGCAUCAGGAAAGGCCCCGCCCCGCUGAACCUCGAGGUUCCCGCGUACGACUUCUCGGACGACGGCAAGUUGGUCAUUGGUUAAGGACCUGGAAAUCGACUGUGAGGGCAACGACACGGACACGGAGACAGAGACAGCGGGAGACUGGGCGGGGUGGUGUAUGAGUACAGUACGGGGUUUGGGCGAGACGAGAAAGAGAGCGUCGCAGAUUUCCGGUUGCAGCCACCUGCUUAUAGACCAUAAACCGCGGAGCAAGCCUGACUGCUGCUUGAGUUUGGGCAAUUUUCCUCUGUCUUUGCUAGUAUCCCCUAGACAGACCUUGUUCGUUGGACAAUGUUGAUUGUACAAAUAAGACGCAAGACAAGACAUUCUUCGGGCUGACUGGCUUGUGACAGGUCAACUGGGCAUCGAACAGGAUGGCUUGUUAUGUAUAAUGUGAUGGGAACGCCCAACAGGCAGUGACCCGAUCGGUUCAGGCAUGAAGGCACAAGUGCCGG